UAGAAUGUGCAAUUCCUCUUUUUAGUCGGUUACUUAUUGGUCGCUAGUUUCAAGGAGAGCGGAUUGAACGUAUCGCACAGGAUGGCAUCGAAAGUAACCUUCAAGAUUACGCUCACUUCGGAUCCAAAACUGCCCUUCAAAGUGCUAAGUGUACCGGAAUCAACACCAUUCACUGCUGUACUCAAGUUUGCAGCUGAAGAGUUCAGAGUUCCCGCUGCUACUAGUGCAAUCAUCACAAAUGAUGGCAUUGGAAUCAACCCAGCCCAGAGCGCAGGGAAUGUCUUCCUCAAACAUGGCUCUGAGCUGAGACUAAUACCCAGAGACAGAGUAGGAUCACAUCUCUGACGCAAAACUUGCAAACAUCUAUACUUACUUUUGAACUUCUUGACAAAGGUGGAGGAAAAAUCUUUGGAAGUAAUGCAAUAUAUGAUAUGACAGCUCCCAGGAAAAAGCUACUGGUGCAAAGGCUUAUUUAUAUUCAAAUUCAUUAUAUACAUGCCUGCAUUAGGGGUUCUGUAUUGAAUCCAUGAUUUCAAAGUAACGCCUUUAAAGGUAAUAUUUAAGCAAUUGUUUAUUUGUACCCUUUUCUUUACAUACUUUUAAGAAUGCUAUGUUUCUGUGGAAAUUCAGUACAUUCCUCUGAAAUGGAAAUAAUUUCACUUGGUCUUAGUGUUUUUUCCUCCUCGUUUAAAAUGCUGAAUAGUACCUUUCAAGUUGUUUGAAACAUCUUUAUAGAUUUCCACUUCAUUGAGUGAUGUAGUGCAUUUUAUUCCAAUCAACUUUGUAGUAUUAGGUGCAUAUCUGUGCUAAUAUAUAGUGAAAAUAGAUGCAAUUGUCUCUCAUGCCCUUCAUAUUUCUGUAAAGGGGAAUUAAGUGUUCCAAUCAGCUUUGCAUGAGUGAAAUUACAAACUUUAAGAAACAGUGAAAACAGAAAAUCAAGCCAGCUUUGUAAUUGCAGUUUAUAUAAUUGAUGAAUUCCACAUCAAAGGAACUUGGGAGCAAUGUUGCCAAUCAAAAACAAAUAAUAAUGCAUCUUUCACAUCGGUUGGUUUGUGAACAAAUCUUUUGAAGAGGAAUCUAUGCUAAGAGAACCACAUUUGUAUCAAGUGUGUUCGAAAAAGAAAAAAA